AUGGACCGGCAUCAGUGGGGAAUAUGGUUCGGGGAAUGUCUUACCUCCUUAGGCGCGGACAUAGGUAUCCUCUCCGAAACUGGCUUCCACACAGACUCCCACCACACCCUCGCGUGCAAAGGUCUUCUCGCCAGAGAACCCACGGCCGACCGCCACAAAGCCACGGAUCAGGUGGGGUGCUCCUUGCCGUCCGUUCGGGCUACCCGGGCCAGUGGUCCGACAUCAGCCGGGACACCGACGGCAGAGGACUCGCUGCCACCCUCAUCACCUCCACUGGCCCUUCACUCCGAUGUCCAGCAGCUCUAUUGGCACUGCGUUGACAUGCUGCGUAUGCUUGGCACGGUGCCAUCAUCCCUGCAGCACGCGACCCAACUCCAUCUGCCCAAACCCUCUGGAGGUUGGCGCCCCCUUUCUAUGCUUGAAGAAUCCUUCAAAGCCGUAGAAGCUGUGGUCGCGUCUAGGCUUGCUGAGCUGGGGGACCCAUGGCACUCGGAUGCCCCUUUUAGUCGCUUCAACCGGGCCUACUCCAAAGGCGUCGCCGCAGCCCCGGAAGUCCUCUAUCUGGACUGCCUUGUUUGUGAAGAUGCACAGCGGUCUGGGCGUCCACUCCUGCGCGUGCCAGCUGAUUAUGAAAAAUUUUUCAACGUUCUCCAGCUGGCGGAGGUCGAUGCCCUGCAACAAGGCCGAGGCAUUCCCGAUUCCGUCCGUCGCCUGCAUCACGCCUUGUUCUCCAACAUGAGCGUCCAGCUUAGCACCAGAUCCGGCCUGACGCCUCCUCUGCCUGUUGCACGUGGCGUGCCUCAAGGAGCUGUCUCCUCACCGGAAGUGUCGACGGGUCGUGGCCGCGGGCACGUUGACGACAUCGAACACUACGGCAGCGGCCUGGCAGAUCUCCCUGUCAUUCUGCGGAGCCUCGAAACCGGCAGCCAGGUAGCUGCAAUGACCCAGUGGGUGCUUGGCGGAGUGCUCGGCUACGCCCCUCUCUUGGGCAUCCCUCCCCCGGCGGACUUGCAUCGCGAAGACGCCGCUCUCCACAGACUCUUGCAUGCAGGACUUGGUGUGCGCAGCACCUCGGAGCGGGUGAGCCUGUCUGCUCCUCGCUCUGACGGGGGCCUGGGCAUCCCGUUACUCUCCGAGAUGCUCGUAGCCGCUGUGGCUUCUGACCUGCUUCUGCUGCUCAUCGGAACCUCCCAAGCUGCUGACCUGGCUCGUGAUAGUCUCCGUGCAGCUUUGGACUCCCCGCCAGCCGAGCUACCACAGCACCGCGGUCUGGUUGUCACAGCCCUGCACUUCCUUGCCGGCUACGGCUUGUACCUCAGCGUGUCGACCGACCGCUUCAUUAGCCGCCUACUGGACAACCUUAACCCUGCUCCCCACCAGCCGCUACACGGCCCUUUCAACCCUAGCCGAUUUGAAUCUGCGGCGCAUUUUGCGCGAUGUGGCAUCUUCGCCAACUCUGUCAGAGCCGCCUGGAAACAACUGCUAGCCCAGUAUAUCCCGCCGUCUCGCUGGGGAGAGGCAGAGCUGUGGUCUAACCUCCUGCCCGAACACCUACCUCUCUCCAGUCAGGCCUGCGCCAGAGCUGCACAACCGGCCCUGCAACAAGCGGAUUCUGACUGGCAGCAAGAAUGCCUCAUCUUUCACGUCCCUGCAGCCCCUGCGCCAGCAGAGGACUGGAGGGAUGUGGCCUGGGUAGACCCCUGGCUCCCUUCGGGGGACCCCCGUUCUGGCCACUUGCUCGCCCCCGUUUCCAACUUUACAGCUACCUCUGACUUUGCUCUGUUCGGAGACGGAGGCUUCUCCGCGGCCCAAGGCGCCACUUUCUGCAGCCAAGCGCGCGGUUUUGGCCAGACCGGUCGGUAUUGGGAGGACUCAUCGUGGGCUUCUCAACGCCUGCACGGCCGCCUCCCCGCCCGGUAUGGAUGGGAAAAUUGCACCGUGCAUACGGCUGAACUCCACUCCUUGUUGUGUGCUCUCCGGUUUCGGGUACCGGGUCGUUGGCACCUCCUAGUUUUUGAUCGCAGCUCUCUUUUCCAAGUCAUGCACUCUGCCUUGCGGGGCACCUUGCACCAACUGCUCCACUCCUCGUGCUGCACGCUUGUGCUCCUUUUGCGCCGCGUGCUGAAACAACUUGAACAGGCUUGGGAUGGGACCUGCCCCCUGCCUGCUUGGAAGCUGCAUCAACAACACUACCCGGCACACUGGCACACAUUCGCACCGAUUGGCGACAAACUCAAGUGCCACUCCCGCAUAGCCUUCGAGGCCAUCGGGCUGGUAGGCCUCGAUAUUAAAAGUCAUCAAGCAGGCUCCCCUAUCCCCUUUCCCAACCUUGUCCAGGGCAACGUCGUCCAAGACCAAGGCUGUGAUGCAGCCCGCCUGUCCACGUCCCCUGUCGACGUCCGUUUGCCUUCAGGCGGGCCGUUUGCUUGGUUCUCUGAUCAAGGCUAUAUGGUCACUAGCCCCAUACGAGAGCACGUCCGGCACAAACUGCGCAUCUCUUGCCUCCACGACUGGUGCUCUCGUCCUGUGCAAGGCCUCCUGCCACGGUUGGCUCACGAGGUUCAUCAGCCCACACUGGACCCCGCCCUUUACUCGCAGUGCCAUUUUUCCGGCCGCUGGGAGCGAUGGAUGCUCCCUUCUGACCGCCUGCCGCUGGACCUAUCUGCCACGGCCUACCGAUGCCACCGUGCCAUCGGCGGCAGUUGGACAGAGCGCCUCCACGCCCAUGCAGAUGUGGCCGCCAUUGCGGACACGUGGGCGACGCAAGCGGGCCUGCCCUCCCCGCGCAUCUGUCCACUCUGCCAAGCUGGGCCUGGCACGCUUCGCCAUGUCGUCAUGUCGUGCAAGGCCUUAGCCCCGGCCGCAGACAUGCUACGCGACGACAUAGAGGCUGAACUUCAAACCCUCGCCACCGCCGAGUCACUCCGCCAAGCAGCCCAGGCCUGGCAACAACAGGCUGCUGACGCCCUCCCGGCUCAAUGUGCGGAACGAGACGCUCUGCGCUGGCCCAUCCUGUCCGCAUGGCGGUGGCUUGUGGUUUUCCCCGGGCAGGAGCCCCUCCUUUCUGUUGAUGUAGAUGGUAGCAGUGCGACAAGCACUGGCCGCGAACGCGGCACAGAUCUGGCUUAUCGGGCGGUGCUGCCCAUCAAACUCGGUAAGGCGCUGUGCACAGAUGCCAGCAUGGAGCAGACGAAGGCGCUGGAGCAUUUUGCCACCCUUCGCCAGCCCCUCACCCUUCAGCAAGAACUACGCUCACUUUCCAAAGCACGGGCCCCACAUGCUCCGGCCAUCCACCUUACAAAGUGCCUCCUCCUUGGCAUCAGGCGUUUACGACAGGCCUACCAAGCACGCUUGGAUGCUUGGAUACGAAUCUGUCGCAUCGCUAUCCCUCCGGCCUUGGGGGACGAUGCUCCAGCUGCUCUGCACCCGGCAUCCUCACUCCGCACUUGGUUGGCCACCCCGCCCGGGCAGUCGCUGCUCACUGAGCUCCGUUGGGUCCGCCUGCUGCCUUGGCCAGACUCCGAGCUAUGGGUCCGUGCGGCCGACUAG